AUAACAAUCAACAACGCUUCCAUCGUUCCCAAACAGUUGCAGCAGAAACAAGAGCAGAACGCGCGCAGCUCAAGGUUUUCCUAAGAACAGAAAAUGGCAUACGCUGCAAUGAAACCCACUAAGCCUGGUUUGGAAGAAUCUCAAGAACAAAUCCAUAAGAUUAGGAUCACCCUCUCUUCAAAAAAUGUCAAAAAUCUUGAAAAGGUUUGCAGUGAUUUGGUUCGUGGUGCUAAGGACAAGCAACUUAGAGUGAAGGGACCAGUUAGGAUGCCAACAAAAGUUCUUCACAUUACAACCAGGAAAUCUCCAUGUGGAGAAGGUACAAACACAUGGGACAGAUUUGAGCUGCGUGUGCACAAGAGAGUCAUUGAUCUCUACAGUUCACCUGAUGUGGUCAAGCAGAUUACCUCAAUCACAAUUGAACCUGGUGUUGAAGUUGAGGUUACCAUUGCCGAUGCAUGAUUUUGUUUGACUGAGAUGUUUUUGUUUAAUGCAUUCUUGUUUUAUUUGUAAUUUAGCCUCAUGGCUCGGAAUGUGUUUCAUUUAAAAUUUUGAAGUCAGAUUAAUUAUGUUAGGUGAUAGAGUUUGAUUAUCUUCUUUUAUGGUUGAAUACAUGAGAAUGUCCUGCUAAAGUUCAAAAUUUUCAUAUCAAGUAUUUUAAGCUUGUUUGAAA